UGCUUCCACUGCUGGAAGGUCUUCUCGUUACAACGCAUGCUAACCCGUCAUCUGAAAUCACACAGCGUGGUGAAGAGGCACGUCUGUAGAUUCUGCGGGAAAGGUUUCAAUGACACCUUUGACCUGAAGAGGCACAUGCGGACACACACAGGUAUUCGGCCCUAUAAGUGUGACCUGUGCGAGAAGGCAUUCACGCAGCGAUGCUCGCUCGAGUCUCACCUGAAGAAGAUUCACAAUGUGCACCAGAACUAUGCCUACCGGGAACGCCGCGCCAAGAUUUUCGUUUGCGAAGAGUGUGGCUUCACCGCCAAUCAGGGGGACACAUACCUCCUCCACAUCAGGGACCACCACCCCAUGAGUCCCGUAUUAUGCAAGUACCUACGGAAACACACCUCAUUCCAGAACAAAACAGGAAUGCUACUCUUUCCACGCCCCGUGUAA